UAGAACCAUCUAUGUGAUGUAGCUCAAGCAUUUAACAUCCUUUUAUAGUUGUUGUUAGCAUUUAACAUCUUUUAUAGUUAUUGUUUUAAUAAUUCUAAUUGUUUUACAGAUGUAACAUCUUGGAGACCACCAGUAAAUCAGAAUUACAUUCAUAUAGUAGGUUUUAUGGAAAACACAACCCUGAACACUGCUGACAAAGCAACAUUGAAAUGCACUAUUCAAGGUUACCCACCUCUAUCCUACCAGUGGUUCAAAAACGAUGCCCCAAUUGAACAUCAAAGUGAUCGACGCAUUAAAAUCCAAGAUUUUGAGUGGGGCUCAAGGUUGUCUAUCAAGAAUGUGGAAACCACAGACAUUGGGUAUUAUCGUUGUGAUGCAGAAAAUCUUGUUGGGAGACGUUCAGUUACUGGCAUCUUGUAUGUUAGAAUUGUUCAAGAACCACCAAAGGAUGGAAAUCCUGACUCUGGAAUGUGCCAGGUGUACAAUGGAGCCACAUGUUCAAAGUUUCUGAAUAACAAGACAGUGUUCGUUGAGCAAGAGCUCACAUUAACGGAUAAGGAUAGAAGUUUGACAGCUGUCUUCUCCAUUCUCUUCAAAUCCAAAGAGUUAAGUCGCGACUGCUCCAGCUAUGUCAUUCCCUCGCUUUGCCAUUACACAUUUCCCUACUGUGACGAGAGUAGUCAGCCCCGAGAAAUCUGUCGAGAUGAAUGCGAGAUUCUUGAGAAAGCAACCUGCAGACAAGAGUAUGAUGCAGUGGCCGGUACGGACUUCAUACCAGAAUGCAAAUCUCUGCCAAUUGCUGGAUCUAAAGAAAGUGCUAAUUGCAUCAGAAUUGGAAUUCCUCAUGUUAAAGUGAUACGAAAUGAUUCUUGUUAUAACAAUAGUGGUGAGAACUACUUAGGACGCAUGAAUACAACACGGUCUGGUCUAGAGUGCUUGCCUUGGAAUACUGAUCAGCAACCACAGCAUUUAAGUCCAGGAAAGUAUCCAGAGCUGGCUGGAGGACACAACUAUUGCCGUAACCCAGGCAGGCGAUUAGCAGGCCCUUGGUGCUACCCUGUGAACUCAAACUUUCAACCAGAGCUCUGUGAUGUCACAAAAUGCACUAUACCAUCAAGGGAAUCAAGUAAUGGAACACAUAUUCUGUACAUUUUGAUACCAGCAAUAGCAUUGAUGAUAUUAAUAUUUGUCUGUAUGUGCAUAUGUUUCUGUAUGCGGCAGUCACGGGCAUUACAAACCAAUCCACCUGCAAUGGCAGUAGUUGCUCUGCAACAGAAGCCUGUGUUGCAUGAUUUUCCAUUAGCUGCUCUCAAGUUCCAUGAGGUUCUCGGGCAAGGUACUUUUGGCAAGGUAUAUCGAGGUGACGUUAUAGGCUAUGAAAAUCAAUACAGUGUCACACCUGUAGCGCUAAAAACUCUCGCGGCCAACACAACUCCUAAAAUGCAAGAAGAUUUUUACCAUGAAGCUGAAGUUAUGGCUUCUCUCAAACACCCAAAUAUAAUAUCACUGUUAGGUGUUGCUAUGCGUAGUCAGCCAAUGUGCAUGGUAUUUGAGUAUGUCAAUCAGGGUGAUCUUCAUGAAUUUCUCUGUCGGCACUCACCCAAUUCUGACGUUGGAUUUGGAAGUGCAGAUGAUGAUACUAUGUCUUCACUUGAUCAAGCUGAUUUUCAAAACAUGGCCAUCCAGAUUGCUGCUGGCAUGGAAUAUCUUUCAAAUUUAGGAUUUGUACACCGAGACUUGGCCACACGAAAUUGCCUUGUUGGUGAAAACUUGAUCAUCAAAAUUACAGAUUUUGGUCUAUCAAGAGAUAUUUAUUCAUCUGAUUAUUACAAUAUGCAGGGUCAAGCUUUACUUCCAAUCAGGUGGAUGUCUCCAGAGGCCAUUCUUUAUGGUAGCUUUUCAACAGAGAGUGAUGUGUGGGCAUUUGGUGUUGUUUUAUGGGAAAUGUACAGUUGUGGUUUACAACCAUUUUUUGGAUACACAAACCAAGAAGUUAUUGAGAUGGUACGCACACGUCAUAUCUUGCCAUGUCCAAGUGGGUGCCCUCCUCAUAUGUAUGCACUCAUGACUGAAUGUUGGCAGGAAGUUCCUUUACGACGUCCAUCGUUCAAAGCCCUCGGUGCAAAGUUGCGUUCCUGGGAUGGCAUGCCAACUGCAAAUCAUAAUGGAACACAUCUAUUUACGAUAGAGAAUGAUGUAAGUACAGCACCAUUACUGGGACCAGCAUCACCAAUUCAGUCUCACUACAGUUCCAGCUCAAAAAGCCACAGUUCUACUUUUAAAGCGCAGACAAUGAAAGUAACUCUGAACAAUGAAAAGGCCAUGUCAGAGAGUUCUGUUGCAUCAUCAUCAAAAACACGCUCAACAGGAACUGCUAAGGUAGAUACAACUGAACAAACAGAUGUUUGACAAAAUCUACAACAAAUUGUGUUACUCUGUGGUAUACUCAAUUCGCAAGUUUAUGAUAUGUCGUUAUAAUCUUAACAACUAGAAAACACUUGUGAAGAAUUUGUCUAGUGUAAAUACCAGGAACUGAAAUAUAUCAGUUUAUUGCACAAGCUCUCACAAAAAUUAAAUGUUAUUCAUCAUGUAAAUAAAGUAUAAUUCUUAAUAUAUGACCAUAAAUUAAUUAAUUACCCAAAUGCCAUUGUGGUCAAAGACUAGUGGAAAAAUCACAAAUCUGUUUUUUGUGUUGGAGAACAAAAAGUAUGAAAGGGAGAGAGGAAGUACAUUCCGAUUUAAAGCAAAGACAAUGAAACAAUGUAAUUUCUUUUUCAUACUAUAAAUAUUACAUUUGUACAUUAUUAGCUAUCUAUUCUGGAGUGUAGUGGGGAAGGCCUUGAAGUUAUAUAAACCCACAAAAGCAUAAUAAUUAAUGUAUUCAUUUCUAGAUAUUAUAUACUGUACCAUUAACAUUAAUCCAGAAUUAUAAACUGUGGAGAGAUGGGAAUAUGUCUGUAUUCAAAAUAUAUUAAAUGAACAUGAAACAAAAGGUUACAAGACUUCCCGAUCUGGAGUGUGGGGAAGAUCUAAAAGUGAAUUCUUGAAGUUGUAUAAUUCCACCAAAGCAUAAUAAUAAUGUAUUCAUUUCUAGAUAUUAUAUUAUACUGUACCAUUAACUUUAAUACAGAAUUAUGAACUAUGGCAAGAUGGGAAUAAGACUUCCUGAAUAAUUCCCACCGAAAUUUUCCCACCGAAAUUGCUGGUGUAGGCGCAAUUUGCCCUGUGCAUUAUGGACAUGUACUGAUGACUGUCUUUUCCUGUGUGAAUUAGAUAUAGGAUAAGGUAUUCAUGUUAGCAUAUUCAUUCCACGUGUUCUUUGCCAUAAGCAAACAUUUACUUUCUGUCCCAUGAACCCAGACAUCUUUUUCACUCUUGAACUUGUGCUCUCUCAGUUGUACAUUCCUGGCUUGGCAACAAUGCAGUGCUUUUAGAUUUUUUAUUUAGCUGUAGGUAAUGUAAAUAUACAUUUACAUUUGUUUUAUAUCCCAUAAUUGGCUAAUUGUAUGCACCUAUAUGUAUAUAUGCUUCAACAUUUAUAGUUUUGAGGAGUACUUGUACAUGAAAUGUACAGUUUUAGUUAAUUCACUUUUUUCUGGCUUGUUACUUAAAACAGUAUUAUGUCAUUUCAAGUAUCAUGCCAUGCUAUACAGACAAACUAAAUUUUUAAUACUACAGUAUUUUUUAGCAAAAUUCAUUUUAAUCUUUUUGUAGCGUUGCACCAAAUAAAAUUAAAAUUGUAAUAAU